AGAAUUCAUUCGAUACAGCGUCUCAGAGCAGCAGAAGCAGGGGCUGCUGGGAACAGACACGACAUGGCAUGGCUAGACGUGAAGCUUGCUUGUGGAGGUCAUUACUACCAACUGCACAACGGAGCAGGCGCUUGGGUUGGUACGACUGUGGAAUUUCUCUCAGAAAGAUCUGCCAGUACAGCUCAUGGUGCCCGCAAAGGAAGCGAUGACAGCAAUGGGAAGAGAGUUCGAUAACAUGAUAUGGGCAGAACUUUCUGACCUAACGGAGUAUGUUGACGACCUACCCGUCGACAUCGAUGCUAGGACGCCUUUACCAUCAAUGCGACCAAUGCAAUGGCUGUUCCAGUUCUCGCAGUCAACGCUGACCAGGCUCGAUCUGGACUGGAUCCUCUGGCGGCAGCAAGAGCACAAUGACAAAGUUGAUGGGUCGAGUGAAUUUUUAAAAGAUCUCACUGUGACGAGGUUGCCACAUCUGAUCGCAUUUCAAAUACGCAACGCCGUGCUGCCCAUGAUCAAGCUUCCCAACGAUGUGUCACAUCUAGAAGACACAUUCCUUACAUUCUUGGAAGAGCAUCCUAAGAUCGAAUGCCUUGCGUGGCCGCUUGACAAGUUCUACAAUUACAUCAGACCAUCAUUGGAGACUCAAAACAGAUAUUGAAGACUGAUCGCACACCUGUCGCUCUCCGCAACCUGCUGGAACAUCGAUUCCACACAUUGGAGCUCCAGUGAUUUGAACAGCUGGCCUCUGUCUGCAAUCAUAGUCCGCCAUGGUUUUGAGUCCAGCUACCGAAUAGUGGU